AUGUUGCAAUUCGUGAUAUAUAACAGACGGUUCUCUAUUAAAAAAGUUAUUCAACGAUUGGUCGUCAUGCUUUUAGUAUUUAUUUUGUUUGGGCUGAUGACUCAUUCGUUGGGUAGCAGUUCUUGUGGUACGGAUACACAACCGCCUAAAUGCCCGAUUACUGUGGAAUGCAGACCGACAUGUGCAAAGCCAAUCCCAGACGCGUGUCUUAUUGCAGCAACGCCAGAACCGGCAACUAGCAAUGUUGAUGGGUGCCAAUGUUUGGAAGGAUAUAUACUUACUGAUGUAAACGGAAAAUGCGUUAGAAUUGAAGAAUGCCCACGAAACCAAAGUUGCAACGGAGACCCUCAUGCUGUAAUCAGAUCUCGUCCGUGGGCUUGUCGACCGACAUGUUCUCAACCAAAUAGUAUGAACAACUGUAGCUUUACAAGCAUGCCAGUAGGAUGCGAAUGUGAAUCUGGCUACAUUCUCAAUGAGGACUAUGGCAAAUGUAUUAAGGUCGAAGAGUGUCCAGGUAAGUUAAAUAUAAUAACACCAAGGGUAUUCGUUAUAUGUAUAUAUUUUUGCGUAACUUUCCCCGCCUUAAAUUAUUUUCUAUAUCACCAGCAUAUGAUUUAGCUUCCCAUAGAUGAAAGAAUAUUAUAAUGAUCAGAUCAGUAUUUCAGGUUUAAUAUAAAUAAGUUAUAGGACUAAUGCUGAGAUAAUAGCUAUUCUUGUGGAAUUACCUUCCGUGAGACCAUAUGA